GUGAAGCUGCGGUUCAAAUUCAGCCGGGAGCAGACUUGUUUGCCGGCCUCAGCGAGACCGUUUUGUGGUUGAGACGGAGUUUGGUGCUGCGUGAGGGAAGCGCUGAGCCUGAAGGCAGAGAGGGCAAUGGCUGCUGAAAGCCAGGAGAUCGGUGGCAUCCAUUUUCCUUUUCCCUUCCCGCCUUAUUCUAUCCAGGAGGACUUCAUGGCAGAGCUCUACAAGGUUUUGGAGGCUGGCAAGAUUGGGAUAUUUGAGAGUCCAACUGGCACGGGAAAGUCUUUAAGUCUGAUUUGUGGGGCCCUCUCCUGGCUCCGUGACUUUGAACAGAAGAAGUUGCAAUCGGAGGCUCGUCUCCUCGCACCUGGAUCUAGCUCCACAAGUAGUGGGAAGAACUCACUCAUGUCUUCCUCAUCUUGCCAAGAACCUUCUGACACCCCAAGGCCUUCUGGAGAACCUGACUGGGUCACUGAAUUUGUGCAGAAGAAAGAAGAAAGGGACCUGGUGGAGAGGCUGAGGGAGGAGCAGAUGAAGAGGAGGAAGCGAGAGGAGCGGCUGCAGGAGGUCUACCAGGAUGGAAGGCUCAGGUUUGCAGCCAAGCGCAUGAAACAGGAGGAAGAAGAGACUGAGACUCUCCUGCGCCUUAGCAGGGAGAUGCUAGCUGCAGGAACAGGACCAGAGCAGCUAGAGCAGCUGGAGUGUGGGGAGGAGCAUCUGGUUCUGGCAGAAUAUGAGAGUGAUGAGGAGAGAAGAGGCAGCAGGGUGGAUGAAGCUGAGGAUGACUUGGAGGAAGAACAUGUGACCAAGAUUUAUUACUGCAGUCGGACACACUCACAGUUGGCCCAGUUUGUGCGUGAAGUACUGAAGAGCCCUUUUGGCAAGGAAACUCGGCUAGUCUCCCUUGGCUCUAGGCAGUCCCUUUGUGUGAAUGAAGAUGUGAAAAACCUGGGUUCUGUGCAACUUAUGAAUGACCGCUGUGUGGACAUGCAAAGAAGUAAACAUGAAAAGAACAGAACUGGGGAAGACAAGCCAAAGAGAAGGAGACAGAAGAUCCAGACCUCUUGCCCCUUCUACAAUCAUGAGCAGAUGGAGCUUCUCCGGGAUGAGAUUCUGCUGGAGGUGAAGGACAUGGAGCAACUUGUGGCCCUUGGGAAGGAGGCCCGGGCCUGCCCCUAUUAUGGAAGCCGCUUUGCCAUCCCUGCAGCCCAGCUAGUGGUGCUACCCUACCCAAUGUUGCUGCAUGCAGCUACACGACAGGCUGCCGGAAUCAGGCUGCAAGGUCAGGUGGUCAUUAUUGACGAGGCACACAACCUGAUCGACACCAUCACCAACAUCCACAGCACAGAGGUCAAUGGUUCCCAGCUCUGCCAGGCUCAUUCCCAGUUGCUCCAGUACAUGGAAAGAUAUGGGAAGCGUUUAAAGGCCAAGAACUUGAUGUACAUCAAGCAGAUCCUAUACUUACUGGAGAAGUUUGUGGUUGUUUUGGGAGGUAACGUUAAGCAAAAUCCUAGUACACAGAGCCUGCCUCAGACAGGGUCUGAGCUGAAGAGCAUCAAUGACUUUCUCUUUCAGAGCCAGGUGGACAACAUCAACCUCUUCAAGGUGCAGCGGUACUUGGAGAAGAGCAUGCUCAGCAGGAAGCUCUUUGGCUUCACAGAAUGUUUUGGAGUUGUUCUUCCAUCCCCCUCAGACUCUCAGGAAAACCGAGGUCUGGGUGGCUUCCAGCAGUUCCUGAAGAGCCUGCAGUCAGGGCCUACUGAGGACUCCCAGGCUGUAGCCCUGCGGCCUGCCUCUCCACUGAUGCACAUUGAGGCCUUCCUGGCAGCUCUCACCACAGCCAACCAGGAUGGCAGGGUUAUUGUGAACCGCCAAGGCAGUAUGGGUCAGAGCAGCCUUAAAUUCUUACUCUUGAACCCAGCUGUGCACUUUGCCCAGGUGGUGAAGGAAUGCCGAGCAGUGGUCAUUGCAGGUGGCACCAUGCAGCCGGUGUCUGACUUUCGGGAGCAGCUGUUGGCAUGCUGUGGAGUAGAAGCUGCGCGAGUGGUGGAGUUUUCCUGUGGUCACGUGAUCCCUCCAGACAACAUCUUGCCUCUUAUUAUAUGCAAUGGGCCCUCUAACCAGCAGCUGGAAUUCACCUACCAGAGAAGAGAGCUGCCUCAGAUGAUGGAGGAGACAGGCCGCAUUCUCUGUAACUUGUGCAACGUGGUUCCUGGAGGGGUGGUCUGCUUCCUCCCUUCCUAUGAGUACCUGCGCCAGGUACAUGCUCAUUGGGACAAGACUGGCCUGCUGGCACGUUUGUCUGUCAAGAAAAAGAUAUUUCAAGAGCCCAAGAGAGCGAGCCAGGUAGAGCAGGUGCUGAUGGCGUAUUCCAAGUGCAUUACGAGCUGCAGUCACUCAGAAGGCCAUCUGACAGGGGCUUUGCUCCUCUCUGUGGUUGGAGGGAAGAUGAGUGAAGGGAUCAACUUCUCUGAUGACCUAGGCCGGUGUGUGGUGAUGGUGGGGAUGCCGUACCCCAACAUUAAGUCUCCAGAGCUACAAGAGAAGAUGGCCUACUUGGAUCAGACCCUUCCUAGGACACCAGGUCAGCCCCCUCCAGGGACGGUAUUGAUAGAGAAUCUGUGUAUGAAAGCUAUAAACCAAUCCAUAGGCAGGGCCAUUAGGCACCAAAGGGACUUUGCCAGCAUUGUGCUCCUGGAUCACCGGUAUGCCCGCCCUUCUAUCCUGGCGAAGCUGCCAGCCUGGAUACGAGACCGAGUGGAGGUCAAAGCCACCUUUGGGCCUGCUUUUGCUGCUAUGCGGAAGUUUCAUCGAGAGAAGUCACACCCAUGUCUGGUAUAAGCUUCUCUUUAUUCUCCCUGCUUGACCUGGCCUUUGUAUUUGGCCUAAGAACAUCUAAACUGUAUGCAGACUGCUAAGUCUACACCAGUCUUCCAGAGGCAGUGGACUCCAGUGUUCGACUUGCAUAGAAAAACCACAAGGACAAAUCCAGAACAUCCUGAAGGAACCUGGCCUGGGACACCUUGUUCCCUGAGAUUGACUCACUAUAGCACCUGGCUCAGAUUCAGCUUUCUGUCUGGCUUCAGGAGGCUGUGCUAGCAGCAGCUCUCUGCCUUUUCUGAGGUGAGGCCCAUCUGCCUCUGUCCUUUAUAGCGACAGUAAGCUUUUCUUGGCCUGGCCAUAUACCUUUCUAUGCCCCACAAUUUUUUCUCCUUAUGCUUUUCCCCAUAAAGUAAGAGGCAUUGAUCCCGUCCAUGGCUGUUUAGGCCUCUGCACUCAGAACAACAUCUACCUGAAGACAUGGCAUUGGGCAAAAGUGUCUCUGUUUUUCAUUUUCUUCUGUUGUACCAUGAAGGAGCCCCAGUUAAGAGUCCAGCUCUUUCAUGUUCCACUGUGGCUGUCCCUUAUGUGAGCUUCAGCAAACUCAGGAGCAGUGCCCUUGCCAUUUAGGCAGUAUACUUGUUGCAUACUGUUUGCAAGCUGAGAAGCCAUAGAAGAGGCAGAGGAGAGAAUGAAGGCUUGUCUUUCACGGUUCUUGUGCCACUUGCAGCUCAAAAGAGUUCCAUCCUUGAAUCUUCCCCAGAUUGAAAUGGUAAGGCCCUCACACCUGAGGGAUAUUGUUUAGAGACAGGCCUCCUGUAGAGAGGCAGGGAAAGAUUUUGUCAUUAGGAUAGGACUUUAGAGUGUGCUGAGUAAAGUGCAGCUAGAAGUCCCCGUCAACUGAUCUCACCUAGAGAAUGGUAGCCUCUGUAAACCUUGAAGGAUUGCCACUUGGAAUCUACUCAUCUGUUACCUGCUCUCUGAAGUGGCAAUGUUCCCAGGCUUAGAUCAUAGAAAUAUCAUGUGUUAUGCCCGAUUAAAAGAACAAUUGAACCUACACAAACUUUAUGAUCAAGUAUGAGAAUCCUCCUAAAUGCAGUUGACAAUAUCAUGGUAAUAGAUAUUACUCUAGAGACAGUGUGCAGUGUCAGCUAUAUAAAAGAGCAUUGGGGAGAUGCAGUGGGAGGAAUAAUUGAUUCAGGGGAUCAAAGUGGGCAGCAUGCUGCAGAAUGAAGAGACCCAGAGAUCUUACUUGUUUAGUGACCUCCAUCAAGCCACUUAAAGUGUUACUCACCUAUCAGUGUUUGCUUGGUUUCCCUUAAGAGAUGAGAUACA